AUGCAGAAAUAUUUUCAAACCGGUUUUCCAGUGCCGUGGCCAAAAGGAACGUGUAAGGGGGUGUGCGCCCCUCCUGCUUUCGGAAAGAAAAUUUUUGUUUAAUAAUCUCUUUUCUCCCAAGAAUUUCGUCUGAGCUCUUUUCCAAAUGUUGUACUCAAUCUAAUCAAAAUUUAGCAAAAAUAUGCUCUUUUCCACUUUGUCGCCUAAAAUAGUUCAGAGCAAAAAUGUUCUCCCUCUUUUCUUCAAUAAGAAAAAAGCUUAAACUGAUAUCAACAUCAUCCUUGUCAUUUAGUUAUUGUGUUGAAAUUAUGAUAAAAGAUGAUGUUGUAUUCUACGGUUUUCUCUUAAAUGAAUUUACAUCCCUCCUGCUUUUUUCCCUCCGCGCACCACUAACGAGGGCUACAGAAAUAAGAAGAAAUUAAUUUAGGGCUCUUCGUGUAAAUUCUAUAACUUUGCAAAGAAAGGUCAUGUAGAGUUGGGAGAUGUCUCAUUUUAAUCAGAAAUGUGCGGGCUACAAUCAUGCCU